AUCUUUUGAGUGGCAGUUGAAUGGAUGUCGCCAAGAGUUGGGGUGGGGGGCCUGAGAGAUGAAUCUUGAGGUUUCUGGACCAUGGUUUACGGAGUAGGCUCCCAGAGUGGGUAUCCAACCAUAGUGGGUCCCUCGACUCCUUCUAGCACCAGCUCACUGCUAAUUUGAUGUUUACACCGGAAAUUCGAGUUCGUGGGGAAUACCCUAUUUGCAGGCAAUAGGGUGACUGAAAUGCUUUAGUUCCUUUCUAUUUCGUUAAGGAACACAUUUCUGUUCCAAUCUGUGGUACCUUGAAUUUUAGUUUGCAGAGGAGCUAUUACGAGUGUUGUAACCAGAGAAAAUUGGCAACCGUUUCACCAGCUCUGAAUCACCUUCAACCGUACUUCUGCGUUCGAGUGCUGCAAUUUGUGAUAGAAAUCCCCGAUUAGGAAUUCUUUGCUCCCGCACAGUUUACCAUUGAUGGGAUGAUUUUGACCGAAUGACGACGACGACGGAAAAUCUAUGGAACAACUACGCUAGGAUUCAAGAUAUUUUUGAGGAGGGACGUUGAUACGAUUGUUUAGGAGUUCCGCGGAGAAGUUCUCAAUGGGAUUCGUAAACCUGUUCGUUGUUGCGUUGAUGCCAGUCCUCAAAACGCUCCUGAUCACUGGUGUUGGAUUAUUGCUUGCAAUAGACCGUAUAGGUCUCUUAGGGCCGGAUGCAAGGCAUAUUUUGAACAACAUUGUGUUUUUUGUGUUCACUCCUGCACUCAUGGUUAGCAACUUGUCAGAGACUAUUACAUUUCAGGGCCUGAUCACUCUGUGGUUCAUGCCAGUGAAUAUCCUUCUCACAUUUAUUAUUGGCUCAACACUUGCAUGGAUACUUGUUAAAAUAACCAGAACUCCUAGACAUCUACAUGGCCUUGUAAUCGGUUGCUGUUCUGCAGGAAAUUUGGGAAACUUGCUUCUGAUUAUUGUUCCAGCAGUUUGUGAUGAAACAAAUAGCCCAUUUGGAGAUUCAUCUACUUGCUCGACAAAUGGUGAAGUUUAUGCUUCACUUUCUAUGGCGGUUGGUGCGAUUUAUAUAUGGUCUUAUGUAUAUACGAUCAUGCGGAUAUUUGCAAAUAAAAGCAUCGGAGAACCGUCAAAAACAUUUUCAGAGACUUGUACGGUAUCACUACUUCCUUCAAGCGACUGUCCAAGCUUUGAUGACCAUUCAGAUCAAGUUGAACUGCCUCUCAAUCUAUCUGGGGGAGAAGUGAAGGCAACGAUACUUAAUCAGAUUAUUGAGCGCAUUAAGAUGUAUGCGGAGCACAUCAAUCUGAAAAUGUUGGUCGCGCCGUCUACAAUUGGUGUGGCUGUUGGGUUGAUCAUCGGAAUAGUUUCUCCAAUAAGGAAGCUAAUGAUUGGUGACAGUGCUCCUCUUCGCGUGAUCACUAGCUCUGCGUCUCUGCUUGGGGAGGCAACUAUUCCAUCUAUGACUUUGAUAGUGGGAGCAAACUUGCUUAAUGGGUUGAGACGAUCUGAAGUAAGUUUGCUACUUACUGUAGGUGUUAUGGCAGUAAGGUAUAUUGCAUUGCCGCUUUUGGGUAUUCUUGUCGUUAAAGCGGCAUAUAUGUGGGGCAUGGUUGGAUCAAACUCAUUAUACCAAUUUAUUUUAAUGCUUCAAUAUGCACUUCCACCUGCAAUGAGUAUCGGUACGAUUACCCAACUGUUUGGGGCUAGUGAGUGUGAAUGUUCUGUUAUCAUGCUAUGGUCAUAUGUUGCAGCUUUAUUCUCUAUUACACUAUGGUCAACCUUCUACAUGUGGAUUGUCUCAUAAACCCUAUUCUAUAUUUGUUAUAUACAACUGUGUCAUUCACUCCAAACCUGAGACAUACCUUAUACAGCCAGCGUCAAGUAUAAGCAUAGCAGUGGUUGGAGUUGUUUACCUGUGACUACUACACUGUUACAAUUCACUGUGUCAAUUACAUUCAAAGGGUGAGGUGAGAAUGCUUUCUUGUUAAGAAUAUUUAUUGGACAUUAUUUCUUCAUUUUGAUUGUAUUGUUAAUAAUUCUUAAUUUUAAUGCAUGUGUUGAAAAAUCA